AUGAGUAAUUGCGAUGGAGAUGUAAUUGAUUUAACUGAGUCUUUUACGUUGAUUGAUCAUUGCUGCCUUGCUGAUGUAGUGAUAGAGAUAGACACUGAUGAAUCUUUUAGUACAAUUAUAGAAAAUACAAAUGAUUUGCAAUCGGCGAAAAAGUCAAAGAAAAGGCGGAAUACUCCGCCAAAGGAAUUUGAUGUGACCAAAUCUGAUACAAGAAAAUCUAGCAAAUUUGGUAAUUGCCCUAUUUGUUGGGAAGAAUUGGGUAAAAACCCGUUAGCUUCGACCAAAUGUGGUCAUGUUUAUUGUUUAUUAUGCCUUGAACAACAUUUGUGUACAGAUAAAAAGUGUCCUACAUGUCGGAAGCUAUUAAAAGGCUCUACUGCAUAUCAUCCUCUAUAUUUAAGCUUAAAAUAG